GUGGAGUAGAAGAUCCUUUUCCCUUCUCUCCAGUUGAACCAAACACCACCACCCCCCUCACCCACGCCUCUCCCUACAUAGCUAGCUACGUCUGUCUCUUUCUUCCAAGUUCCUCAAAGAACUAGUCCAACUUCCUUUCCAACAUCCCUAUUUAACCCCCAUUUCCUGGUCUUUGUCCCCAUUACACAUUUUUAAAGAACCCAAUUCCCACAAGGAAGAGAACACAAAAAGUCUUCCUUUGGGUAGUAGCACAAAUUCUCUCAUCUGGGUUCAGCUCCAUUUCCUCAGAACAACCGAUUUGAGUAGUGAAAUCUACCCCAACUCCUCAUCUGAUUUCUUCUCAUUUCUCCACAAAAGCCUCAAACUUGAUUUGGGUAUCAAACUCCUCCCUCAACUCUCAUCUGGGCUCUCCUCAUUUCUUCUGAUUUCUAUCUAAAGCUCUCACCUUUAUCAAUGGGAGACACAUCUCUCGGCCUCGAUGACUCCCAGGCCGUACAACUCACCGGAAAGAUCAUGAUGAUCGCCGUACUAGUCCUCUUCUUAGUCGUCGUCUUCGUCCUCUGCCUCCACCUCUACGCCAAAUGGUACUGGUGGAACGUAGUGGAAGAUCCCAACUCCUCCACCCGCCAAACCGGCCGCCGACGACGCCGUUUCGUCUUCGCUCCGGGCCAGGAAUCCGAACUACCAACCCUCCGGCGAGGGCUCGAGCCUUCGGUCCUUAAGUCUCUGCCUGUAGUGGUCUUCAGUCCUCAAGAUUUCAAAGACGGGUUGGAAUGCGCUGUUUGUCUCUCUGAUCUUGCCCAAGGCGAAAAGGCCAGAUUGUUGCCCAAAUGUAACCAUGGAUUUCAUGUUGAGUGCAUUGACAUGUGGUUUCAGUCACAUUCAACAUGCCCGCUUUGCCGGAGCGCCGUCGUGCCGGAGACCGUAGCGCGCUCUGAUUCCUCUGUUUCUGAGCUUAGUGUUGAAAUUCCAUCGCCAGCUGAGACUUUGGCUUCUGGGUUCUCUUCAGAGUCACCCAAUUUCCCUACAAAUGUGUUGUUCUGGGGGAACCAGACCCGGGUUAGCUCCGGGCCGGGUUCGGGUUUGGAGGAAGGGACUUCAGCUCAAGUACCUUGUCCCUCUUCUUCUUCUGAUACUAGAAGACCGGAGGGAAUGUUGGUGAUUGAUAUACCGAGUGAGAAUCCAAUGGCAUCUUUAGCAUCGCCUUCGCCUUCCGGCAAUAACAGGUUUGCUGCCGCCGAGGAGGACUUGAAGUCUCCGGUGCCAACGAGGUUGAGGUCACUCAAGAGGUUAUUGAGCCGAGAUAGGAGGAUAAGUCCGUGUAGUCCAAGCUCAGCUGUUGAUGCUGAAGCAGGGAGAGCACAAAGUUAGGAAUGAAGCAAUUGAUUGCUGUAUUUGCACAUAGUUGAUAUUAGAGGAAUAUUUUGGACCAUGAACAUUUUGUUCUUUGAGAGGGUCUGAGGUAAUUAGUAUGUCCAAUUCUACAUCCCUGAGAAUUGAUUAGGUUCUUUUGGAGAUGAUGUCAAUUUGCUCAAUGUUCUUUUAUUCUUGGGGGAGAUGAUCAAAGCUAUCAAAGCUUGGAGCUUGAAGUCUCUGGAGUCUAUGUUGUACAAGAAAUUUAUCAAUUUAAUGUAUAUCUCUUAAUUUAAAAACAGACUUGGAACAAUUGUUGAA